ACAUGCACAGUCAUUAUGGGAGAUCCACCAAUUACAAUACAAUGGCUACGAGAUAAUCAACCAUUAGUCAAGCAAAAUGAUAUCAAAAUUCAUAAUUUAGCAGAUUAUUCAUCGACUCUACUUUUUGAGGCAGUGAAACCUAAUCAUAGAGCUAACUAUUCAUGUCUAGCGAAGAACGAAGCUGGGAUUGCUCAACAUAAUGCAGCAAUGGUAAUUCACGUACCACCAAGAUGGAAGAUAGAACCAAGGGAUCUCAGCGUAGUUAAAGGGAGAAGUGUGACUAUAGACUGUCAGGCUGAUGGAUUUCCUCCUCCAAGGCUAAGUUGGAGAAGAGCAGAAGGAAAUAUUCCUGAGAGUUACAAACCAAUAAGCAGUAAUUCACAUUUACACGUUUUUGAAAAUGGUUCCUUAACAAUUUUGGAAGUAGAAACGGAUGAUUCCGGUUACUAUUUAUGUCAAGCAUCGAACGGAAUUGAUUCAGGAUUAAGUAAAGUUAUCAAACUUGACGUCCACAUUGCUGCUCAUUUUAAAUCGAAAUUUCACGCCGAGAUCGCUAAAAAAGGUGAAGAUGCUAAGCUAAAAUGUGAGGCAUUUGGAGAAAGACCUCUUACAGUUGUUUGGUUGAAAGAUAAACAGCCUUUAGAUAUAACUGAAAAUGUAAGAUAUAAUUUACAAGAAACUGUUUUCAAUAAUGCUACAAUAUCGGAACUGAUACUUUACACUGCUGGAAGAAGUGAUUCGGCAUUAUUUACUUGUAUUGUAUCUAACUCUUUCGGUAGAGAUGAGACGAAUAUUCAACUUCUCAUACAAGAACCUCCUGACAGCCCUCAAGAAUUGAAAGUUACGGGAUAUUCGAGUAGAACAGCGCACAUCAGUUGGUCACCACCUUAUAGUGGAAAUAGCCGCUUGACAAAGUAUCUCCUUCAUUACGAAGCUCAGAGACGAGAUAAAUCCAAACCAGAAAAGACGAAGACAUUAAACAUCCCAGCGACUGAAACAUCUUGGUCGGUGACAGGUUUACAUCCUCGAACAAAAUAUAUUUUUAAGUUAAUUGCCGUUAAUGCACUUGGUCAGAGCGAACAGCCCGCUAAAGUGUCUGUUGAGACUGACGAAGAAGCUCCUGGUAGUCCUCCUCUUUCUAUUCAUGCUACUCCAUUAUCAGCUAGUACGAUAAAAGUGACUUGGAGUCCACCCGAAGAAGAUAUGCAAUAUGGAAAAAUAAGAGGAUAUUAUGUAGGAUACAGAGAAGAAAAAUCGAAAGAGCCUCACACGUAUAAAACAUUAGAAGUUGGUUCAAAGUUUAAAGAAGAAACAAUAUUAAAUCAUUUAAAAAGAUUCACAAAAUACAGUAUUAGAGUUCAAGCAUUCAAUUCUAAAGGAACGGGACCUCCUUCACAAGAUAUAAUUGUACAAACUUUAAAAGAAGAUCUACCAAAAACCCCAACUCCAGAAUUAGUAGCAUCGACUUCAUCAACAAUAACACUUAAAUGGAAUAAGCAAAUAGGAGAUGAAAAUUCUUUAAAAGGUGUUUUUUUAUAUUAUCGAAAAGAAUACGGUGAAUGGAAAGAAAUAGAAGUUCGAAGUGAACAAGACAGUUUCAUGUUUGAAAAUUUAAAUUGUGGUAUGAAAUACGAAUUUUAUUUAACUCCAUUCAACGACGUGGGAAAAGGAGAAAAGAGUGAUAUAAUAUUUGGACGUACCACAGGAAGAGCACCAGAAGCACCCGAAAGAGAGAAUCUUUUACAAUUUAAUUCAACUUCGAUAUCGAUAAGGUUGGAUAGUUGGAAAAACGGCGGAUGUCCUAUUAAAUUCUUUGAAAUCCGUUACAAACAGCAAAAAGAAAAACAAUGGUAUAAGAAAUUCGAUAGAGUUAACGCUAACGAAAAAGUAUUCUUAAUAAAAAGAUUAAACUAUGGUACAUCGUACCAAUUGCAAAUCACAGCUCACAACGAAGCUGGAGCAACACAAGCAGAAUAUACAUUCUCGACACCGCCACAAACAAAAGAAAGGAAUUAUCCGGACAGUGUUCUUUUAAGUAACGAGAGAUCUCCAUUUUACUUGGAAUUAGAAGUUAUCUUACCAGUAUCAUUAUCUAUAGUCGUUGUUCUUGCAGUAUUAGUGCUUGUUUGUAUCAUUAUGAGAAAACGUACACCUUCAGAAAGUACACACAGCGGUCUUUAUGGAAGUUCCACUUAUGAAAACAGAAAAGUUCGAGGUGGACAAGAAGCUAUGCUAUUGGCAGAAUUAGAAAAAGCAACAAAUCAGAGAUCAGUUGGUAGGAGCGAACCUACGUAUUAUCCAAGCCCUUAUGCAACGACACACUUAGCUGAAAGUGGAGAGAGAAAAUUGGUGGAUGCAAAUUGCAGUGAUGUAAGGGAAGACUCGAUUAUAAAUAUAUUUGAGGAACCGCAAUACGCGACUGUAAAACGUACUCCAAGACCUCCAAAGUCAGAUGUUCAUAUUUAUCAUUAUCCAGUUCAUAAUCCUGUAGAUUUAGCAAUGUUGGAUGAUGCAGACGAAACCUCUUCUCAUUGGGGUGGGCAUUCUAGAAGUAGAUCAGAAUAUCGAGAGCAUUCUGGAAGAUCGGGUACACCAAACUUUUAUUUAUUAUAAAAAAAUGGAAGACACAGUGCAAGACUCGCCUCGCAGUAAUCGAUAUACAAGAAAAUAAAAUAAUAAUAAAAUAAAAAAAAAAUCAACCGUGCGGAAUACAGAGUUAUAUCAUUUCUGUCAUUUCAAAGGAUCAAAUGUCGUGUCUUUCUUAAAGGGACAUCCCAAAAGUUUAUUGAAAGAGUUGUUUUGUUUUGUUAUAUAAAACAAUCCAAAAUAAAAUUCAGGGAUUUGUAAUAUGAAGUUUAUUAUUGUGAAAGUUGAAAUA